UAAAUAAGAAGAGGUGAAUGAUGGCCGAGGAUGGGGGACACAUCUCCAGUACCCCCGACUCCAGGGACUCGGAGUGCCGCUCCUCUUUGCCGAGGACUUUCAUCCGGCUUAACGACCUAUCCGGGGAAGGGACUGGAGCUACCGUGGAGCGAAGUGAGGUGAUGGUGGAACCGGCGUCUCCAGCCCCAGACGGGACUUCUUCAACCGGGGAUGAAGCAUCAGUAUCCGGGGAGGAAAGCCUGCCUCACCCUACCUUGGCCCCGGUGGUUUUCUUCUACAUGAAGCAGACCACACGUCCUCGGAGCUGGUGUCUCAAGAUGGUGUGCAACCCAUGGUUUGAACGAGCAUCCAUGUUGGUGAUCCUGCUGAACUGUGUCACCUUGGGAAUGUUUCAUCCCUGUGAGGACAUCGACUGCAACUCCGAAAGAUGCAAAAUAUUACAGGAUUUUGAUGACUUUAUCUUUGCCUUCUUUGCCAUUGAGAUGGUGAUCAAGAUGGUGGCUCUGGGCAUUUUUGGCAAGAAAUGUUACCUUGGAGACACAUGGAACCGCUUGGAUUUCUUCAUUGUGCUGGCUGGGAUGUUGGAGUAUUCCCUCAACCUGCAGAAUGUCAGCUUUUCAGCAGUGAGGACAGUCCGCGUGUUGAGACCACUACGAGCCAUCAACAGGGUGCCAAGUAUGCGCAUCCUGGUAACCUUGCUGCUCGACACUCUGCCCAUGCUGGGCAACGUGCUGCUGCUUUGCUUCUUUGUCUUCUUCAUAUUCGGCAUCGUGGGAGUCCAGCUAUGGGCCGGCCUGCUCAGAAAUCGCUGCUUUGUAGAGGAUAACUUCUCCUUUCCUCUGUCUGUGGAGCUUGAGAAAUACUACCACACCGAAAACGAUGAUGAGAAUCCUUUCAUCUGCUCCCAGCCCCGAGAGAACGGCAUGAGGGACUGCGGCUCGGUGCCCAAGCUCUAUGACGAGGCAGGCCUGCAAUGCAAUCUCGACAUGUACUCGUACAACAGCACUGAUAACACCACCUGCGUCAACUGGAACCAGUACUACACCAACUGCUCUGCCGGUUUGGUUAACCCCUUCAAGGGGGCCAUCAACUUUGACAACAUCUGCUAUGCCUGGAUCGCCAUAUUUCAGGUGAUUACUCUGGAGGGCUGGGUGGACAUCAUGUAUUUCGUGAUGGAUGCUCACUCCUUCUACAACUUCAUCUACUUCAUCCUACUCAUUAUCAUUGGCUCGUUCUUCAUGAUCAAUCUAUGCCUGGUCGUCAUUGCCACUCAGUUCUCAGAAACAAAGCAGAGAGAGAGUCAGCUGAUGAAGGAGCAGAGAGUACGCUUCUUGUCCAAUGCCAGCACCUUGGCCUCCCUCUCCGAGCCGGGCUCCUGCUAUGACGAACUCCUCAAGUACCUGGUCCAUGUCAUCCAUAAAGGGGCGAGACAGGUGGCCCACGUUUGCAGGUUCUUAGCUCGCCGAGCAGGACUCAACAUCGCUGCCUCUCCGCCUCCAGUAGAACCCCAGCAAAGGCAAACCCAAAGGAGAAGGAGGAAGUCUUCCAAGCAGGGGUCAUUGUCGGUUCAGCACAUGGUGCACCCACAUUACCAUUACCAUCUUGGCAAUGGUAGUGUACGAGGAGGGGCCAACGUCCGCUGUCUGGAAGGUCGAGAUGUGGAGUCUUCUUCUCAUAACAAUACUGGGGGGGCUGUCGCUUUAGCCGUGCCACUGCCAACAGCGUCAGCAACGGCGGACGCAAAUCUAGCAGGAUUUACCGAUUCGCAUUCCACUCUUGGAGUAUUCCACCUCGAAACUCUUUGCUGUACGCCCUCGACCACAACCCUAUGGCAAACACCAGGCCAGUUCUCUUUGACACCAGUUUCAACAUCAAGGGCCAUGAAGCGGAACUCUGUGCCCUUUGCUGCUCCCGGGCCCAAGAAUUACCCCACCCUGCAGGCAAGAGCUCUCGCAGAGUCCAGACGAGGAAGCGUCGCAACGAGCACGCUCACAAAUAUCAGCCUCAACAUCCCACCGAUAAACCAUGGCAGGAGGCGGCAGAGCUUGGUGGACACCCUCAACCCAGCAGCUGCAGCCCAGCCAUCCUGCCAGCUGUCGGCCCGUGACCUCAGCACCAUGGGCAGCGCCAUGGACGCAGCGGUGUUGACACUGGACCCUGAGAGUUGCCCUUACUGCGCAAAGGCCCUCGCCAACGAGUCUGAGGGCGGCACAGAGGGCAAUGAGACACCCGGAGACUCGGACAGCGAGGGUGUUUAUGAGUUCAGCCAGGACUUGCGUCGCAGGGACAGGCGAGACAGCCGGCAGCCACGGAAGAAGCCCUUCAGGCUGGGUAAAACAGCCGGAAAGGUUGUGCGCUUCUGGAGGCUGGUGUGCGACACGUUCCGGAAGAUCGUUGAUAGCAAGUACUUCGGAAGAGGGAUCAUGAUUGCCAUCCUUAUCAACACGCUGAGCAUGGGGAUCGAGUAUCAUGAGCAGCCUGAUGAACUGACCAAUGCCUUGGAGAUCAGUAACAUUGUGUUCACCAGCCUAUUCUCCCUCGAGAUGCUGUUAAAGGUCCUGGUCUACGGGCCUUUUGGCUACAUCAAGAACCCCUACAAUAUAUUUGAUGGCAUCAUUGUGGUCAUCAGCGUGUGGGAGAUUGUUGGCCAGCAGGGUGGUGGUCUUUCCGUGCUGAGGACCUUCCGGCUCAUGCGGGUUCUGAAGCUGGUUCGGUUUAUGCCGGCCCUGCAGAGGCAGCUGGUGGUGCUGAUGAAGACCAUGGACAACGUAGCCACCUUCUGCAUGCUGCUCAUGCUCUUCAUCUUCAUCUUCAGUAUCCUGGGGAUGCAUCUGUUUGGUUGUAAGUUUGGUUCAGAGCGGGAUGGAGACACUCUACCAGACAGGAAAAACUUUGACUCUCUCCUGUGGGCCAUUGUGACGGUUUUCCAGAUACUAACACAAGAAGACUGGAACAAGGUAUUAUAUAACGGCAUGGCGUCCACAUCUCCCGUCGCAGCUCUCUACUUCAUUGCCCUCAUGACCUUCGGUAACUACGUUCUGUUCAACCUGCUGGUGGCCAUCUUGGUUGAAGGCUUCCAAACUGAGGAAGUGUCCAAGCGGGAGGAUUUGCAUGCCCAACUGAGUCUAAUUCAACUGCCUAUAGACGCAGGGGGUGAUGCCUCUAAAUCAGGUUCCGAGAUCGAUUCCUUUGCACGGAGCAUGGAGGAUGUUAACAGAGAUUUAUCGGCAUCUGCAGUGCCUGUCAAUGGUCAUGUGGAUCUAAAGACCAGCCUGACUCCUCCGCUAAUUACCCACACAGCAGCCACCCCUAUGCCAGUACCUAAGUUGCCAGCGGGGGUUGACCCCAUCCUGGGCUGCGAGUCCCGCCGAAGCAGCAGUGUCUCCAUAGACCCGGGCUCUUAUGACAAGUCAAUGAUGCCCCUUUAUGGCCCCUGGAGCACCGGUAGCGGCAGGAACAGCCGCAGAUCCAGCUGGAACAGCCUAGGUCGUGCACCGUCCCUCAAACGCCAGGAGCGGCAAUCUGGGGAACGCCAGUCACUGCUAUCGGAGGAGGGAGGCUCCGGCUCAGAAGAAGGUGAGGACGGAGGAGAGGGAGGAGGUGGGCUGGAGGAGGAUGACGCUUCCUUGGCCAGGACAGACUCCAUGUCCCAAACUCAGAAAGGGCCCUGUCAUCGGAGAAUGGAGUCAAUAGAGACUCGGCGCUCCAUGGAUUUACCCCCCGAUGCUCUACUGCAGGUACCCUACCUGUAUCGCUCAGCCAGCAUGUACAGCUCCAGACCGCCUUUACCGAUGACGUUUCGGCUUGGGGAGCAUAGCGACUGCAAUGGGAAGGGCACUCCCUCUUUGGUGGGCCCGGCACAGGUCUCGUUGGAGGAGAAUACUGAAGAGGAGAAUGCAGAGGAAGAGGCCAAUCUGGGACGUAUUGCCAGAUUGUUUCACUGGCUGGAGAGGAAACAACCCGAGUGGUGUCGACAAAGAGACACCUGGUCGCUCUACCUCUUCUCUCCAGAGUCAAGGUUCCGCGAUGUGUGCAAUAAGAUCAUCAACCACAAGAUGUUCGACCAUGUGGUGUUGGUCAUCAUCUUCCUCAACUGCAUCACAAUUGCCAUGGAGCGUCCUCACAUCGACCCCGGCAGCGCUGAGCGGAUCUUCCUAACAUUGUCCAACUACAUCUUCACCGCUAUCUUUGUGGCUGAAAUGACUGUAAAGAUUGUGGCUUUGGGUUGGUGCUUCGGUGAUAAGUCGUACUUGAGGAGCAGCUGGAACAUUCUGGAUGGGAUGCUGGUGAUGAUAUCCGUUAUCGACAUCCUGGUGUCUUUCUUCUCCAACUCCGGUACCAAGAUCCUGGGCAUGCUCAGAGUACUCAGGCUGUUGCGUACCCUGAGGCCACUACGUGUGAUCAGCCGAGCUCCAGGGCUGAAACUGGUCGUUGAGACGCUGAUGUCUUCACUAAAGCCCAUUGGCAACAUUGUGGUCAUCUGCUGUGCUUUCUUCAUAAUAUUUGGCAUCCUCGGAGUACAGCUCUUUAAGGGGAAGUUCUUCGUUUGUCAAGGAGAGGAUGUGCGGAACAUCACAAACAAGUCGGACUGUUUACAAUCCAGCUACAAAUGGGUCAGACACAAGUACAACUUUGACAACCUGGGACAGGCCUUGAUGUCCCUCUUUGUCCUGGCAUCGAAAGACGGCUGGGUGGAUAUUAUGUAUGACGGACUAGAUGCCGUAGGAGUAGAUCAGCAGCCAGUGAUGAACUACAAUCCAUGGAUGCUGCUUUACUUCAUCUCCUUCCUCCUGAUUGUGGCCUUCUUUGUGCUGAACAUGUUUGUGGGUGUCGUCGUGGAGAACUUCCACAAGUGUCGGCGCCACCAGGAGGCUGAGGAGGCCAAGCGCAGGGAGGAGAAGAGACUGAAACGCAUGGAGAAAAAGAGACGGAGUAAGGAGAAGGAGCUUGCUGAUUUAAUGGUUCCGGGGGUGAGUUGGGCCCUAUCUGAAGGCACAUUAAAAGAAGCUCAGAGUAAGCCCUACUACUCAGAUUACUCUCCGACUCGUUUGAUUAUCCACAAGCUGUGUACCAGCCACUACCUGGACCUGUUCAUCACCAUCGUCAUCGGGCUCAACGUCAUCACGAUGUCCAUGGAGCACUACCAGCAACCCAAGGAGCUGGAUGAAGCGCUGAAGAUCUGUAACUACAUCUUUACUCUCAUCUUUGUUCUGGAGUCGGUCUUCAAGCUGGUGGCGUUUGGCUUUCGACGCUUCUUUAAGGACAAGUGGAACCAGCUGGAUCUGGCCAUCGUUCUGCUAUCCAUCAUGGGUAUCACCCUGGAGGAGAUUGAGGUCAAUGCUUCACUGCCUAUUAACCCGACUAUAAUCCGCAUCAUGAGAGUGCUGAGGAUUGCGCGAGUACUCAAGCUCUUGAAGAUGGCGGUGGGAAUGAGAGCGUUGCUGGACACCGUUAUGCAAGCCCUGCCUCAGGUGGGGAAUCUUGGUCUUCUCUUCAUGCUUCUCUUCUUCAUCUUCGCAGCCUUGGGAGUGGAGUUGUUUGGUGACUUGAUUUGUGAUGAACUCCACCCAUGUGAGGGCCUGGGCCGCUAUGCAACAUUCAAAAACUUUGGGAUGGCGUUUUUGCUGCUCUUCAGAGUUUCAACUGGGGACAACUGGAAUGGGAUCAUGAAGGACACAUUGAGGGAUUGUGCACAAGACACGGGAACCUGCUACAACACUGUUGUCUCUCCCAUCUACUUCGUCUCCUUCGUCUUGACCGCUCAAUUUGUCCUGGUCAACGUCGUCAUUGCCGUCUUAAUGAAGCACCUGGAGGAGAGCAACAAGGAGGCCAAAGAGGAGGCCGAUCUGGAGGCCGAGUUGGAGUUGGAGCUGCACACGGAUGGAGGAGACAUGGCAACCAGGUCGCCCCAGCUUAACCCUCUUACACUGGGCUUGGACAGGUCAAGUUCUGGGGGUUCCCCGUGGAGGUCCACUGGAGGAGUCGACACGGGACAGGAAAGGGACUCACCCACUGUUGAUAUACCCAGAGAACCUGUGAACAUCACAGACGACCCCCCAUCAUGCCUGGAGCCACCUCUGGAGUUUGUCCAGCGAAGAGCACAGUUUGACUCGGUCUCCCUGGUCAUCCAGGGUUCAAUGGAAGGGGAGUUGAGUUUGAUGGACAACUUGUCUGGCUCUGUGUGCCGCUACUACGCGCUGCCGUCCAAGGCCAGCAAGCACAACAGCGACAAAAAGAUCCCUCUAGCUGAGAUGGACGCUGUCUCUCUGGCCUCUGAGAAAUCCUGGUCCCUAGCUCUGACAGAGGACUCGGUUGCUGACGAUUUUAACCCCCUCUUUCUCAGCAGUCUGGAAUGCAAUAUCGAGCAGCUCAACCCUGGAGUAACACUGGAGGACAACCUGUUGAGUGUCAGGAAACCCGCCGUGGGACGCACACACUCGCUACCCAACGACAGCUACAUGUUCUUCCCACUGCAGCCCUUCGGGAAGCCGACCGAGUCUUCAGCACAGCUUCUUGCACAUUCACCUCGGCCCCAGCACAUACUGAGCUCUCAUAAGGCUCAGUCAGGCUCCAGUGGUUCGGUGCGUUCGCAACCAGAAGAGUUUUCCCAACGACUGACCAUCCCCACUGACCUCUUCAGACCCAUCAGCCCCCACAGCCACUCCGACUCUGAAAGUAUACCACGACUACCCCCACCCAGACACACACAUGUUGUGAGCCGGAAGCUGCGCAGACAGGUUGCAGUGUCUACUGAUUCUCAGGAGGCCCUGUGUUCAGAUGGACGGGAAAGCAGUGAAGGACUUGUGAAUAUGGCUUCUCUUGGCCUCCCUCCACCUUCCUCUUCCUCCUCUUCCUCCACCUCAUCACCUUUACCCUUCUCCCAUCACCAGCAGCAGCAGCCUGCUUUCUGUCUGGUCCCAGCCACGCCCGGCGCAUCCCCGAAACCUUUACGCCCCAGCAGUGUGCACACACAACACCGCUUGGACUCGCCUCGCUUGACUCCUUCGCCCUUACCAGUGACCCCACAGCGUCAAAACGAGGCCUCUGUGGAUCAGGAAGUGUCGCUCAUUAUCGGGAGUGGCUUGACUGGGAGUGAUGACAUCAUCCGAUCCGAUGAACUCGGCAGCAGCAGCAGCAUGGAAGCGAAAGAGGAUUACGAAAGCAAGGCACACUGUCAAGGGAGCGGGAGUCCUUGUUUGCGGCCGUUGAAGAGGUUCCACAGUGUCGACACCCAAGGCCGCAGCGUUCUCCUGCCCCGCCCUCGCCCUUACUCCUGGCUGGAUGACCCACGGCGCCACUCGGUGGAGGUUUGCUCCGUGGUGGAGUCCCGCCCCCAAUACAGCACUACGUCCACGUCGUCGGGUUUUGUGUCGCAGGCCGACAGUCUGCAAAUCCACAGCCAGACUCGCAUUCAGACCUCACUGCCCUCUCCUCGGCGCAAGAAGAAGAUGAGUCCACCUUGCAUCUCUGUGGAUCCCCCUGAUGGAUCCGAGCCCCCAUCGGGGCUGUACCCAGGCUUAGGGUUGCCCCCUCCCUUGCCCAGCCGAGACACCUGCUUGAGGCGGAGAGCGCCUUCUAGUGACUCAAAAGACUCCUUCGAUCUAGGUGUUGCAGAGGGCUCAGGACAGGACGGUGGCUCCCCAAACCCCAACACCAACCCCAAGCUACUGACUCUUCCCGCUUUCUCCUUCGAGAAAACAGGCUCCGAGCACUGAUCACUGAAAAGCAAACACACACAGACACAACACAGGAAGUCAUGUGAUAGUUCUAGUAAUAAUACUGUAAAGAGUAAUAACGGUAUAGCGACAAUAACCGGUGAGACAUCCUUGGUUCCUUUCAGGAUCAGUGCUGUAGUAGCGUCAUGGACCUUCGUCUUUUGAUUUUUUUACUGCCAAAAAGUGAGACCAUACAAGACACACACGGCUGUCUCUCCUCUGCUACAGCUGCAUGCAAUUGGCUGCAGUUGGCCUGACAACCUCUGGAGUGACAUCACAAGGCGAUGCCACCUUAGAAAUGUCCUGGUGUUCCACAGGGUUGGAGGUAUAAAGCAAUAUAAACCUUUUAGAGACACUAUUUUCUUAACUUAUUGGACCAUAGUGUUUGUACAGGAUGUUGGGGUUUUUGUGUUAUUUUUUUGCAUUAUGUUAUGUUCAUGUGACUUUUUUGGGGUCGGGGGUGGGACUUGUGAGAGGUUUUGUCUUGUCUUUUUUUUCACUCUAGGUUAUUUCUAGCUUUCUUGGUUUACAGAGGAAAGUGAACAUUUUACAAAGUGCUGAAAACCAUGUAUUUGUAGGAAUAAUAUAUAAAUAUAUAUAACAAGUCAUUAAACAGAGCUUGGAUUUUUAAGCACACUCAUUUCUACAUGGUGGUUGAUUGUUGAGAACCGAAGCUGCGAGCGACCCAUGCAUUGGCAUGGAUUUCCCAAUCGUCACGUGUCACAAAUCGCAGCAAACGUUUGUUUCAUCUUUGGGGAAGUAUGUUUAAAAAGAAACUGUAAAAUCUCUGAUGCUGAAAAUGAUACUAAAGCACAUCAUUUCAUGUAUCGCCACAUGAACCUUAUUCUAUAUUAUGGAUUUAUUUAUUUUUCAAAAUAAACACAUAUUUAAACUUGGAUUCUUGUAAAAAAAAUAAAUAAUGGGGCACUGAAGCUGGAGCAAUUUGUAAAAAAAAUUACUGCAAUUUAUAUAAUACACUUGACUAUAAGAUGCACCCACUAAAUUUAAAAAGGAAACACCAUUUUUACACACAUAGACUGCACUUGUCUAUAAACCGCAGGAGUCGUAAGAUAUGAUAUUAAGUACACAGCAAUUUAACUUUUGAGUAAAUCAAUCUUUGUUACCAAACAAUACCGAAAAGUCUGUGUAACACAGCUGGUUAAACAGCCUCAUAAUUUCUUCAUCACACACUUUGUCAGUCUCUCUCUUUCACUUUCAUUGUCUUGAGGCAAAUUUGCCCUUGAACUUGUGCUGUCCUUUUCGUCCCACAGUAGUCCAUCCAGCCUUUAGAAACCCGUUGAUGAUGCCAGAUUAUUUGACACUGCUCGCCGCUAACAGGAUCCACUAGCAGACUUGACCAAAAGUGUCUGGAUCGACCACUUUAAACACCAAAGUUGCAUCAUAUGCAUUUCAGAAAAUUACAUUUCAGAAUAGAACGGGACCAUAGAUGACGUGACCAAUGAAAGUGGUGCAGAGGCCUGCUGAGUUUAAUUAGUAGAAGAUAAGAAAAGAAGAGUCAACUAACUCCCUCCGCCAGCAGUCAUCAAUGGGUGAGUACAUUUAUAAUUGUUUACAUGUUUUAACAAUGGUGGCCUUCUUUUUACUGUAUGACACUCUGGGGGACCCGUUAAAGCACUAAUAAUUAACAACUAUUAAUAAAGGUUAAUAUAACAUUGGUUGGUUGUUAAAACCUGGAUGUAGGAUUUUACAAAGAAAAAGGACAUAUUUUUCUAUAAAUAUCUUCCUGGUAUUAAUCAGAUAAUUGUAAGUAAUCAGCCCCAGAUCAUGGCAAACAGCGGCUUCUGGGCAAGUUGGUAAUUGUCAUGGUUUCGAAGUACACAAUUACUUAUUUGUCUGAACACGCUCUACUUUUCCACUGCGUCAUGUCUGCAAGUCAAGACUACCAAGGUACUCAUGAGCCCAUGUGGUUUUAGCACCUAAGAUAAAUGAUGGCUAUUGGACCGGGAUCAGAGAUCUAAAUGUUCGGCUUCAGUUGCUCAAUUGGCCCAUUAAAAAGCUGCUUUGGACUCGGUCUUAUGGUUAGAGUUGGAGUUAGUAUGUGCAUUUUCAGGCAUUUAGUGUGGAGUAUAAUUAUAGGGUUAGGGUUAUGUGAGUACUACAUAUUUGUGUGUUUCUGAUGAGACGGCUGAGUAUUUCCAUUUAUGCUUGAGCAGAGUCUUUAGGGUCUCCUACUUAAAACGGCCAACAAUCUGAUCCAAGAGCUUUAUCAGAAACAAUUAAUAGUAAUCAUAAAAUAGUUAACAGUUCUGCAAAAUUCCAGAAUUCCCAGUAUAUUCCACCUCUUCUGUAUAGAAACAGAACAUAGGAAAUAGCUUUCAGUAUAAUGCAGCGCAGUCCGGUUCCACUAUGACAAGCAUGUUGUUAGUGACAUUCAAAAUUGGACAUCAUUAACUGGAAGGAUUUUUACGGAAACACACAGCGGCUGUCUUCAUUAAGAUAGGAGCAAAUUAUGUAAAUAAUUCAGAAUUAUUGAAUUAAACAACGCCACAGAAGCUCACAUUUCCUCCAAAGAAAGCAGAA